AGGAGCCGGCUUAGCCCCGGAGUGCGGGACAUUGGGGUUCCUCCGGGGAUCGUGGGUGGCAGGGCUGCUCUGCUGAUUCACCGCCAGCAUGGUGAUCAAGGUCUUUGUGGCCACAUCCUCGGGCUCUACAGCGAUAAAAAAGAAACAGCAAGAAGUCGUAGGCUUUUUAGAGGCCAACAAGAUCGACUUUCAGCAAAUGGACAUAGCAGGAGAUGAGGACAAUAGGAAAUGGAUGAGAGAGAAUGUCCCAGGUGAAAAAAAGCCUCAGAAUGGAAUUCCCCUGCCUCCACAGAUCUUCAACGAGGAGCGGUACUGUGGGGAUUUUGAAUCCUUUUUCUCUGCUAAGGAAGAAAAUAUUAUUUAUUCCUUCCUGGGCCUUGCACCUCCUCCAGGCACAAAGGAGACUGAAAAGUCUGAUACCACAGAGAAGUCUGAUGCUACAGAGGAGAAAUCAGAAGGCACAGGAGAUGAACCUGAUUCCAGGGAUGAAAAAUCUGAUGCCACAAAUGAAACUGAGGCACACACAGAAGCCAAGGAAGGUGAAGGGGCUCCUGAAGAGGCUCAGUCUGACCAGACACCACCAGAAGGUCAACAGGAAGGCGAGGAAGAACAUGCAGCAACAGGGGAAGAAGAAAAGCAAGGAGAGGGAGAAGAAAAGGAAGAGGUGGAGGAGCAGGAAGAGUCUUAGUACAGUCCCCUAUGACACAACAUUUCUUGAACAGGUUUUCAGGAAGCACCAGCUGGAGCCACCCCACCAA